AAUAAAUUCCUGUUGGUAGGCUGUGGGCAAUGCAGGAGCCCUUCACAGAGGAGGAAGAAGAGACUGACAGCAUGAACAAAGCCAGAAGGGAUUCUCCGUACAUCCUUCCCCAUGCUCAUCAUACAGGCCCCCAAUUGCCUUCUUGGCCUCUGAGUUGCUUGUUGGCCUUGCAGCAUCUCCUGGUCCAAGUGUCUUUUCUCUGCAUCUUUCAUUUGCUCUUUAUAACCAACCUGCCGCCCAAUGCUAUCCGAUGUUGCGAUGAGCUGCUGGCAUGCAACCUCUUUGCUUGUGGCAUUGCCACAACCAUCCAGUGUGGACUGGGUACCAGGUUACCACUGGUUCAGGCUCCAUCUUUUGAGUUCCUUAUCCCUGCCAUAGUACUCACUCAACAUAUGGCUCCCACUCGCCAUUCAAAAGGAAAUAGCACUGAUGCUCCUGAUUUAUGUGCCAAGCCAGAUUGCGAAAGCACAAGAAGUUCAGACCAGUUGUUCCAUGAGGUCUCUGGUGCAGUGCUCGUCUCAGCUUUGGUGCAGAUGGCAUUGGGGAUCUCAGGUGCCUGUGGGUGGAUUGCCCAUCGUUGUGGGCCCAUGGUUCUGGCUCCAAGCCUUUCUGUCAUUGGACUUUCAGCAUAUAAGCCCGCUUCUCUGCUCUGCUCUGAGAACUGGGGAGUAGCCCUGCUACUUGUGUUGCUGAAUAUUUUACUAUCCCAGCACCUGGUUUCCUGCCGAUUGCCCCUCUGCCAGUGGAGCCAGAUGAGAGGGUUCUCAGUGAGAUUGGGCGGUCCUGCCCUACAUAUGUUUUCGAUUCUGCUACCAUUUUCUGGGAUCUGGCUUGUCUGUGGGAUCCUGAGACCCAUUGCAGCUCUUUGGGAGAGGUGGCAUCUUUCCACACACCAUUUGACCCUCACCAACAGCACCCUACAGUCCCCAUGGCUCAAGGUGCCAUACCCAGGGCAAAACGGCUGGCCAACUCUUAGCCCCCACGCAGUGGCCAUUGGUGCUGCCAUGGGGGUUACUGCAAGUGUGAACUCUGUCGGCUGCUAUGUGCUGUGCAGCAAGGCCCUAAGGCUUCCAGCCCCACCACAGCAUGCCUACAACAGAGGACUCUGUGCAGAAGGUUUCGGGAGUCUUCUGUCGGCUGCGCUGGGGAGUGUGUCUGGAACUGCAUCCAGCAUUCCUAAUGCUUGUGCUGCCUGUCUCACCCAGGGUACCUCUUCCCGGCCAGUGUGGGUCACUGCAAUGGCGUGUAUACUGUUCGGCUUGUCUCCCAGGCUUAUGGGACUCCUUGCCACCAUUCCUCUAGGAAUUCAUGGAGGUGUGUUAUGCUUGACAUACAGCGUGGCUGUAGGCACCGGUGUCUCCUUUUUCCAAUACACAGACAUUGACUCAGGCAGGAACAUCUUCAUUGUGGGCUUCACCAUGUUUAUGGGGCUUCUGAUUCCAAGGUGGCUCUUAGCUGCUCCAGGUUCAUUGGCCACAGGUUGUGUCCCUGUGGAUCUCUUCUUCCUUUCUCUAUUAAUGGCCCCUGCCUUUAUAACUGGAUCUUUGGCCUUCUUCUUAGAGAAUACAGUCUCAGGCACCCCGCAGGAGCGUGGACUGCUCAAUCCCUUCUCACCAUGCAAACCAGAGGCCAGAGACAAUUAUUUACAACGAAGCAAUAUGGGUUCUGCACAAAGCUAUGAGCUGCCUAUAGCCCUGCAAAAGCACCUGUCACGUUCAUGGUGCAAAGGUUUCCCUCUCUGUCUUCUCUGUCCCCUGGAGAAGGGCAAAGAGGAGUCUGCAAACAUCAACCCGCUGGAAGUAUUGCGUUGUUCUGAGGAGGAAACCACAGAUCCUCUUCUGAAACAGGGGACAUUGAAGAUUGAGUCUGAACUGCAGCUGGAGACAGUGCAGGAGCCUAAUGUGGCACAAGAGAAUUUGGAAAGUCACAAAAGACCCAUUGCAGCUAUGCCGGAAGAGUUUUCCAGUAUCAUCAUGGGCAAACCACUUCUGUAGCUUCAUCUCCAGGGAUGCCUGGCAGAUGUCACUUUAGUAUAGACUUGCACAUGUCCACCACCAUAGAAAAAGACACCUUGCAAGAAAUUUCAGUGUGGAGCUCUCUUCCAAGUGAAAAUUGUCAGCUCCUUAUA